AUGACUAUAUUUCUCAUUAUUUGUGUGCUGUGGACCGUGACCGUAAAAGGUCAACCGUGUCCAUCUCCGUGUUACUGUCGACCUCCAGGUCAAGUCUUCUGUAAUGGAACAGGAAUAUCCCAGAUUCCAGGUAACAUUCCAACAGACACACGUAUUCUCUACAUUGGCGAUAACCCAAUUCAUCAGAUUAAAAGAAAUUCAUUUGCAAAACUCAUCAAUUUGACGGCACUCGAUGCUUCAGGAGCACCCUUGAAGGAGGGGUCUAUUGAGUCAGGUGCCCUUGACCUUCCGAGUCUGACAGACGUGGAUUUGUCACGGACAGAUUAUACCACUAUUCCCAAAGAGCUCCCCAAGAAGCUGAUCACAUACAGAAUGUAUUACGGAAAGCUGAAAACGCUUCAAUCAGAUAGCUUUGUACUCUACCCAAUGAUCGACUACCUCGACCUUUCAAAUAAUAAAAUUUUUAAAAUCCAACCCGAAACUUUUGAUCCACUGGUUAAUAUGACAACACUGUACAUCGGCUUCAACAAACUGACAGAUGCAAGUUUUCCACCGAAUGUGUUUUCUAAAUGUAGGAGUAUUCAGUCCAUUGAUUUCCGAUUCAACCAAAUGCAAAGUGUUCUUCGGAAUAUUCCCGCUGGUAUUCAGCAUCUCUGUUACGUGGGCAAUCAAAUUAAAACCUUGCACUCUUUCGCAUUCAAAGACUACACCAAUCUCCAAACCCUUGCGUUUUGGCAAGGUGCUGUGGAAACUAUAGAAGACAAUGCCUUUUUUGGACUAGAGCAACUCACUCUUUUAGAUUUUAUGCAGGAUCACAUAAGAUCUACUUUGACCAACAAUACCUUCAUUGGUCUCUCCAGUGUGGACACGCUGUAUCUAGACCUCAACAAUAUCAGUAAAAUAGAGGUGGGGGCUUUGUAUCCUCUAAAGAACGUAGGCUCUCUGUGGCUACAGAGCAAUAUGUUAACCACACUGAAACCGGAGGUCCUUGACUCGAAAUAUCUCACCAAACUGAAUUCGCUUUUCAUCGACUCGAAUCCGUGGUACUGUGACUGCAAUUUAAGAUGGUUGAGAGAGAAAAUGGAUACGUCUCCUAAUGUGAUUCAGGACCCGCACCUUAUUGUGUGUAGCGGACCACCUGCAGUAGCUGGCAAGGCAUGGGAUGUGCUGAAACCGACUGAUUUUGUGUGCAAUGAAAACUAA